AUGCCCAAACGAGCACUCGCAACAGCCACAUCGUCCUCGCCCUCCAAAAGCACCCGCCGCUCUCCCUCACCCGCUCUCGACUCGACGACCGUCCCUCAGGAUGCCGCAGGCAAAGGAAAGUGGAAGGACUGGCCUGCUCCGAGGACGCAGAUGGACGAGGCGAAAGAGUGGAUCAGGGAGUGCAUCCGCGACAAGCACAGAGUCCUGCUCUGCCCCGACAAAGACGCCGACGGCCUCUCCUCCGCCCUCGUCCUCUCCCGUACCCUCCGCGCUCUCUCGCACCCACCCUCCCUCACAGCCAUCUACCACCUCCCUCGCGGUCUCAACAUCCACUCCCCCCAGGCCUCGGAAGGGAUGCUCGCGACUUUCCCAAACGAAGGCGGCCCAACACGCUGCAUAAUCCUCGACCAAGGCUCGCGUCCCGGCCCUCCUCUUCUCCCCCCUUCGCAAUGCAAGACCCUCAUAAUCGACCACCACCUCUCCUCGCUCUUCCCCUCCGAAUCUCAAGUCCUCUCCGCAUGUCACUCCCUCCCAGUCGCGACAACUUCCCUCCUCACCUACACGCUCUGCGCCGAACUCGUCCCCGAACAAAGGGGGAAAGGCGCGUUGGCGCUCGGCGCACUGGUAGGCGUGUAUGGAGACUUGGGAAGUGGCAAAGUCAAGUUUGGUGCCGAGGACGAACCGUGGCCUGCGAGUCUUGCGCCGGUCGAAAAGGCGCUCACGAAAUCUGCCCUGUCCAAGUCUGUGGCGCUCCUCAAUGCUCCGCGACGAACGCCGGAAUUCAACGUCUCGGAUGCGUACGCCGCGCUCGAAGCCGCAGCAGACGCAGAAGAGGCGAAACCAGGAACGGGUUUGAAGCGGAUCUUGGGCGACGAGAAGUUGUUGGAGGCGAAAGAGCGCACGAGCGCCGAGACGAGUAGGUGGCAGGCUGCUCCGCCGGUCUUUUCGAAGGAUGGGAGGAUCGCGGUCGUUACGGUCGAUUCAGGGUACCAGAUACACCCGGUCAUUGCGACUCGCUGGACCGGCACGCUGAGGAAAGCCAAAACCCUCGUCUGCGUCAUGUGCGCCAACACCGGCUACACCCCCGACCACGUGCACUUCUCCUGCCGCGCUCCCCGUCACCCCGACUCCCCUCCACCGGACCUAAUCGCCUUCCUCACCUCGCUCAAACCCCUUUGCGACGCCCUCUCUCCAGACUGGUCCGCCCGCGUAGGGGAAGAUUUUGCGCGCGGACACCGUGAGGCGACGGGUGGGAUUAUUCGGAGGGAGGAGUGGGAGGUGCUUUGCAGGGCGGUGGAGGUGGGGGUUAAGAAGGAGAAAACUGAGGGAGCGGGAGGGGGAAAGGGAGGGAAGAAGGUGAUUGAUCCGGGGCAGAAGAAUACGUUGGAUGGGUUCUUUAAGGUUAAGGGGAAGGGGAAGAGCGCGAAGAAGGAGGAGGAGGACGAGGAGGGGGACGUGAAGAAGGAAGAGAAGAAGGAGGCAAAGACGAUUAUCGUCGAGUAG